AUGAAGUCCAGCAAACAGCAAACUUCCAACUCUUCAAAUGGCAACUCCGAGUACUGGGUUCGUACCGGAAAACAACUGACCGCCAGUGCCCUAUCCGGCUGGACUGAAGCCCUGAUCACCUACCCGGCGGAGUACACCAAGAUAAUGCUACAGCUUCAGGGUGGCAAUGGAAAAACUUCCGUUUCUUCUGCUGUUGCUGAAGGAGUUCAACCAAAGAAGCUGACCGGGGCGGGCGACGUCGUUCGAAGCACGCUAAAAAACUACGGCCCACUGGGCCUCUACCGCGGCUUCAGCAUCGUCUUUGUGGGCAACGUCCCGAAGUACACGUGUCGUUUUGGCGCCUACGAGCAAAUCAAGCGCCUGAUGGCCGACCCAACCAGCGGUCAACAGCUAACUUCCGGCCAAAAACUGCUCUGCGGCAUGGGCGCGGGCGUCAUCGAGGCGCUGGUGGCCGUCAUUCCAAUCGAGUCCACCAAGGUGAAGUUCAUCAAUGACCGCCUGAGCGAAACUCCUAAAUACAAGGGCCUAAUUUCCGGCGUGAAGGAGAUCGUUCGGGAGCGAGGCCUGGGGGCGAUGUACAGCGGCGUGACGGCGACGGUGGUGAAGCAGGCGUCGAACCAGGCGGUCCGCUUUGCCGUCUUCGAGUCGCUGAAGGAGUGGAGCGGCUCCAAAGAGGCAGACGAUGACCAAAAAAGUACCAAAAAGCUGUACCCCGUCUUUGGCAUGGCCGCCGGCGCCGCCUCGGUUCUGGUCAAUGCGCCCAUCGACGCGGUCAAAACUCGGCUGCAAAGUCUUCAGGCGGGCCAGUACACCGGUACGGUGGACUGCAUCGUCAAGGUCUAUCGAACCGAGGGCCUGGCCGCCUUCUACCGCGGCAGUCUGGUGCGCAUGUUCAAGUGCGGCGCCGAGGUGGCCAUCGCCUUCACCACCUACAAUCUCAUUGUUGAUCUGAUUGGCGCCUGA